AUGGAAUCCAGGUCUGAUCUUGUCAUUCUGAUGUGUUCUUUUUCUCUUCCUUGUCUACCAGGAUACCCGUCCUCACCUCCUAUGGUGGACACUGUUCAUGGCAAAGUCCUGGGGAAGUAUGUCAGCUUAGAAGGAUUCACACAGCCCGUGGCCGUCUUCCUGGGAGUCCCCUUUGCCAAGCCCCCUCUUGGAUCCCUGAGGUUUGCUCCACUCCAGCCUGCAGAGCCAUGGAAUUUUGUGAAGAACACCACCUCCUACCCUCCCAUGUGCUCCCAAGAUGCAGUUGGAGGACAGGUGCUCUCAGAGCUCUUCACCAACAGGAAGGAGAGCAUUCCUCUAAAGUUUUCUGAAGACUGUCUCUACCUGAACAUUUAUACUCCUGUUGACCUGACAAAGAACAGCCAGCUGCCGGUGAUGGUGUGGAUCCAUGGAGGUGGACUGGUGGUGGGUGGGGCAUCCACCUAUGAUGGACUGGCCCUUUCUGCCCACGAAAAUGUGGUGGUGGUGACCAUUCAGUAUCGCCUUGGCAUCUGGGGAUUUUUAAGCACAGGGGAUGAACACAGCCGGGGCAACUGGGGUCACUUGGACCAGGUGGCUGCACUCCGUUGGGUUCAGGACAACAUUGCCAACUUUGGGGGUAACCCACGCUCCGUGACCAUCUUUGGAGAGUCAGCAGGAGGUUUCAGUGUCUCUGUUCUUGUGCUGUCUCCUCUGGCUAAGAACCUCUUCCACAGGGCCAUAUCAGAGAGUGGUGUGGCCCUCACUGCUGCUCUGAUCACAAAAGAUGCGAAGCCCAUUGCUGAGCUGGUUUCUACUCUUUCUGGGUGUAAAACUACCACAUCAGCUGUUAUGGUUCAUUGCCUACGCCAGAAGACAGAGGACGAACUCCUGGAGACCUCAAUAAAAAUGAAUCUUUUUAAACUGGACUUACUUGGAAACCCAAAAGAGGCCUAUCCUUUCCUGCCCACCGUGAUUGAUGGAGUGGUCCUGCCAAAGGCACCAGAAGAGCUCCUGGCUGAGAAGAGUUUCAACACUGUCCCUUACACCGUGGGCAUCAACAAACAAGAGUUUGGCUGGAUCAUUCCAACGCUUAUGGGCUAUCCACUCUCUGAAGGCAAACUGGACCAGAAGACAGCUGAUUCUCUUUUGUGGAAUUCCUACCCAAUACUUAAAAUCCCUGAGGAUCUGAUUCCAAUGGCCACUGAGAAGUAUUUAGGAGGGACAGAAGACCUUGCCAAAAAGAAAGACCUCCUCAUGGACUUGAUUGCAGAUGUGAUAUUUGGUGUCCCAUCAGUGAUGGUGGCUCGUGGCCACAGAGAUGCCGGGGCCCCCACCUACAUGUAUGAGUUUGAGUACCGCCCAAGCUUUGUGUCAAACAUGAGACCCAAAGCAGUGAUAGGAGACCAUGGUGAUGAAAUCUUCUCAGUAUUUGGAGCUCCGUUUUUAAAAGAUGGUGGCUCAGAAGAGGAGACCAACCUCAGCAAGACGGUGAUGAAAUACUGGGCCAACUUUGCUCGCAAUGGGAACCCUAAUGGAGGAGGGCUGCCUCAUUGGCCAGAAUAUGACCAGAAGGAAGGGUACCUAAAGAUUGGUGCCCCAAUCCAGGCAUCCCAGAGACUGAAAGACAAAGAAGUGAUUUUUUGGGCUGAACUCAGGGCCAAGGAGGCAGCAGAAAGGCCGUCCCACAGAGAACACGUUGAGCUCUGAUCAGGAGACUCAGCCAUACUUGAGAGCCUGGAGCCAAAGGAAUAUUUCACAGAAAAUCUUGUAGAGAAACAA